CACGCACUUCCAUCCAUACCCGAUUCACAGCAGUCACGAGUGUUGUGAGACUCGCAAUCUUUCGGAUUUCGAGGGGUUCUUCUGUGAGACGGGGGCAACAGUGACGAAUCAAAUCUCGAGCUGAAGUUUGAGUUACGAGUGGAUGGAUGAAGCUCGUUGCUUGCAGGUGUCAGGCAGACAGGCGGAUCAGUGUUCGCUUAGGCUGGCCGGCUCGCCUCGGCCAUGCUCUGCGCGUGCAAAAAUGUGCCAUCUGACCGUGCCCAUCUCGCGCCAACAGUUCGAAUGUCAACUGGGCUGCAAGGCACAUGGCUCGCUCCGUACCCAUUGAUCAUAGCCGCACUGUUGUGACGGUGAUGGAUGCAGACACUGCCUUUGCCUCGGACUUCUUCCUCUCCAUCUCUGCAUACUAUGCCCUUGCUCCUCACGACAAGCGACGCAGAACGUACUACGUGCCUCCGACUUUGUUCGAUCGAAAUGGUGCUGAAGUGCCAGCCACCACGCGGAUCGCGGACAUCAUGUGGAGCUGCGCUGGUAUUGGACAGAUCUACCCAAGCAGCAGCUUCAAAGCCCCAACCAGCGCUUACGCCGCAACCAUGGAGCUGGUCAAGCAUUGCGACUUCUGGGACAGCGGACCGGAAGCUGUGGGCGAAGACUUCCAUUUCGCUGUGAAAGCCACUUUUGACACGCGUGGAAGCGUCUUUGCACAAACCAUCUAUUCCCCAGCUUCCCAGACCAAUGUGGUCGGCUCUCCCUCCCACAGCAGCGUGCUGUCGUAUCUCAACGACAUGCACGCUCGAUGGUCGCAAGCUGUCCGACACCUGUGGGGCUCUUUGGAUUUCGGCUACGCUUUCCAUCGUGCGUUGACGGGCUCUUUCGGCCCAGGUCAGCGCAAGACUGGAUACAUCGCUCUGAUGACCCAAGACUCUGACGAGGGCGCUGAAGACGACGACGUGACGAUCAAUGGUGAUCGUCUCAAGCCACCUCAAUACUUUGUGAACAACACGCUGCAAGUCGAAGAUCCUCAGCGAUUUCCUUCGCCAAGCACAACGGCGACUACGGACUCCACGUUGGUGGAAAGCUACGAUGCGAUGUCUCUGCCGCGUCCUGCCAAGAAAUUCGCUCGCUUCGAUGAUGAUGGUGAUGCCGAGUCUGAGGACACGGUUCACAAGGUGACUCAGACACACUACAGGACACUGAGCAAGUAUGGGGAACGACUGGAUGUGAGCACGGCAGAGAGCUUCAGCAGGCGGGGCUCUGAUAGCAGCAUUGUCGGCGAUAGCGAAGAUCUGGAGCUAGGCAAACUUCUCGCAUCAGACAGUGCUCGCGCCGCAGACGAUGACGAUAACGCCGAGGUUUGGGACCCUCCCCUGCGCAUCAGACCCUUUUUUGCGAUGUUCUUCCGCAUCUUUGAGGCACACAUUAUGAUCGCUGCGAUCUUCCUGAGCAUGCAGAUCCUUACCUUCUAUCCCACCGUCGUCUACCGCAACGGGCACGUGGGAUUCAGUGAGCUUCCUGGAAGACAGUGCACCUGGCAGAAAUGCGCGCAGGCUAUCUUCGAAUCGCCUUUCUCUGCGGACAUGCCUAUCCCAGAAGGCACGGCUCCCGGCCUUCAUCCAGCUUGGCUCUUGCCUGACAUCGUGAUGUGCAGUAUCAGAGCUGCGCGUCUGCUCACCGUGUUUGGUGUCAUCGCGACCAUUUUCGUGUUGCUCGCCCACGAUUACUAUCACCGUGCUGCUUCGCAGACUCGCUGGCUCGAAUCAGAGCAAGUGAUCCGCGCGUGGCGAGAGCGUGGAUCCCAGGGACCAGUUCCUGCUCGGUACCUCGGAACUCGUCCAGGGCAGACCUUUGCUCGCAAGUGGCCAAGAGGAUUCCUGGACUUCUUGGCCUUCCCAGCGGCUAUUCUUUACGGCGUGGCGCCCAUGCUGUAUGCUCAGCUCUGCCAUUUGCACACCAACAAACUCACAUACACCGUCAGUGGCAAGAGCAAGUCCACCGUCGUUAUCGCCACACCGUUUGUAGCCGAGGCAGAAGUUCGAGUCAGCUCAGAUAUUCGAGGUUCAAGGGCAAGCAUGGACACCGCAAGGACUAUUCGUCAAUCCAUCGAGAUCGGCCGCAUCAGUGUCGAUGAGCAUGGCAUGGACCGCUAUUACAGACCAGAGCGCAGCUUGCUCAAAUCUGGCGACAGGCAGGACCCGCUUAUGGCCCGACACAAGCAAGGCUGAGCCGGCCGCCUACGCGAAUGCUCCCCUCGGCGACAGCUGGUCGUCUUCCGACUGUGACAAGUCCUAUCGUCACAAGAGCGCGUGGCGUGACCAUGCACUUUCACGAUCUCUUGAAGCGCAACUCCCCUCAUUUGUCUUCUCCCCUUCCUUUUGUUUUCGUACAUAUGUCUUGGGGAACGUGCUUGGUAUCGCCUAUACAUCAGCAGGAAUUGAUGAGCAUCACG